AAUAUUACGUUUCCUUCUUCUUCUUCUGCUUCUUCUUCGUCCCCCUUCUCUUUUAUAAGUACCCAUUACCAACUCACCAACUUCAUUCCAUUAUUCUACUCGUUCUCUCUCUCUUGCUGCUGCUGCUUUCAUCGUUUUGGGUGAUCUGGAAAAACGUCACGUCCUUCGCUGAUCAGACUGGGAGAUUCUUGACGUGCGUCGUCGAGAGCGCAAUCAAGGAAACCGUCAGAAUCAUUUACUCAAAACCCCAUCUCAGCUGGCCUCUUCACCCUCCUCCAUCCAUAUAAUUUGACCAAAACGCGCCCAAAGGAUUAUCAUAUCAUGGGGAACUGUCAGGCGGCGGAGGCGGCCACGGUGCUCAUUCACCAUCCCGGAAACAACAAGAUCCAGAGGAUUUAUUGGUCCGUCAGCGCCCACGAGAUCAUGAACGCCAACCCCGGCCACUACGUCGCCCUCGUCGUCACCUCCUCUACUUUGAAGUCCGACACUGGCGCCCCAUUGAAGCACCUCAAGCUCCUCCGCCCCGACGACACCCUUCUCAUCGGCCAUCUCUACCGUCUCAUCACCUUCGAAGACGUAUUGAAGGAGUUUGCUGCCAAGAAAUGCGUGAAGCUGGGGAAGUUGCUGAAAGAGGGAGGAGCGCUUUCCGUUGGGAUGAAGGUCAAGGACUCGGAUUCUGCUCCCAAUCCCAAUUCAUCCGAAGAUUGCACGAAGCCGGAGCAGGAGGCGGGCCGUAGACCGGAAAGCAGCGACGCCGGCAGCAGCGGUGGCGUAAGAGGCGGAGGUCACAGAGGAAUGGGGAGGCAUUACGGUGGUGGGGGUCAGUGGAGGCCAGCCUUACAAAGUAUUGCAGAAGUUGGAAUUAAUUGAAGGAAAAGAAAAAAAAAGAAAAAAAAUUAAAAGGCAAAAUAUGAACAAAAACAGACACUGCCAUGAAUGUGAUCUUCACCUGCAAAUUUUCCCUUUCUCGCUUUCAUCGUCUUCAAUGAAUAAUUACCAGAAAAAGUUAGCGUCGACCCA